CAGAACCUCUCGCCUUCCAUAAUAGGUAGCCAUCUAUCCGUGCCUCCUGUAUUGAACAGUGAACUCUUAAUCUGAAAAAUUUCUUCUGUUCAUUGAUUAACCAUUUCCUUGGUCAGAUAUAACAAAUUAUAACUUGGAAAAAAACACUUUUUUGUUCCAUUUAUGGUGCAUUAAUCAUGCACAGUAUUUAGAAUUAUCUGAAAUAAUUGAUCAUAAAUUUGUUUCAGGUUAAUGGAAUUUUUUGGUGAUGUGACAACAUCAUGUGGACUACAGAUUUUGAAUGACUACCUACAAGAUCGUAGUUACAUCCAUGGCUUCACUCCCUCAAAAACUGAUGCAGAAGUGUUUUCUUCCCUGGCUAAUGUCCCAGAGGAACACUUUUGUCAUGCUCUUAGAUGGUACAACCACAUACAAUCCUUCAGUGUUGAACUCAAGCUAACAUUUGGAGGAAAUUCUGCAUCAACAAAUGACUUGCUACAAAAUGCUGCAUUAAUUGAAGAAGUGGUAAUAAAUUCAAGCGACUUAUUAAGGCAAGAUAAAGAAAUGACAUCAAGUGAGAUAAAUGAUGUAUUAGAGGUUAUAGAUACUGAUGAUGAAGAUGAAUUUGAUUUGUUUUGUUCUGAUGAUGAUGAUGAAGAUCAGGAAGCAGCAAGAAUUCGUGAUGAGCGACUGAGAGCUUAUGCUGAGAAAAAGUUAAAGAAACCCAGUCCUGUUGCUAAAUCAUCAAUAAUGUUAGAUGUGAAACCAUGGGACGAUGAAACUGAUAUGAAGACAAUGGAGGAACUUGUUCGGUCGAUUAAGAUGGACGGUCUUCAGUGGGGUGCCAGCAAACUGGCUCCUCUAGCAUUUAGCAUUAACAAAUUAUCUAUUUUGUGUAUUGUUGAAGAUGAAAAGGUCUCAGUUGAUGAUCUUAUUGAAAAGAUAUACGACUUUCAAGAUACAGUACAAUCUGUUGACAUUGCUGCAUUCAACAAAAUAUAAAAAUAGAAUAUAAUAAUAUUUUAAAAGUGUACUGUGCUCUUUCCAUUAUCUGCAUACACCGGAAAGAAAAAUUCCAAAUUGUUACCUAUUGGAUGUUGUGAUAAAAGGUCUGGAAGUGUUUUGACGAGAUUGGAAUUAUAUAAACUAAUUGCUUGUUUAAUGCUAUGAUAAGUACCAAAAUGUGAGGCGAAACACAAGCACAUAUACCUACAUAACUAUUACUUUUGCACAGAUACAAAACACCGACAUAUUCCAAAUUUUCUGUAAUAUGACUAUUACACUGUCAUUACAGUAUAUCA